AUGGGUGGUAUUGGAAAUGCAAUAUUUUAUGUAAUAAAUGAAGGUUGGAAUAGUCGUGCCAAUAAAAGUAAUGAAGUUACUCCUGUUGGCGAAAGCAAUGAUGAUAUUGAAUCUAAUUCGGAUGAAGAAGGUGGUCAUAUUAGAAUUUCCCCUUCGGUAGUAAUUGAUAAUCAAGAUAUUAAAAGUAGCAAAAAUAGCAAAAAUAGUAAAAAUAGUCAAAAUAGUCAAAUUCAGAAUGAUUCUAAUAAUAAUUCCUCUAAUAUUGAUAAGUGA